GGGCUUUGAUUGGGUCCAAUAAUGAAUGCAGCCUGGUAGUUGCCCACCUGAGAGGCGGGUCUGAGGUUCGCGGAAGCAGAAUGCGAAUAAGCAGCCAACCGAAAAGUCAGCGGUGUGCUACAAUUGUCAGCGGAAAUAACAACGAUACAAACCCAGAGUCUGACAUGACGCAUACCAACAAGACCAUCUCAGAAAACGAAACCCUCCAUUGGAGGCCUUCAAGAUCUCUUCCUCUGUAACUGAGAAGAAGAAAAGAAGAAGAAGACGAAGAUCAAGAAUGGGGUUUCUCACUUUUGCAGCAGCAGGCUGCGGCCUUAUUCUGAUGGGUGCAUACGAAGCCAUUUCUACCUCAAUCCAAAUCCCAGACCAAGAUUCAACUCCGUCGUCACCUCCAUCUUCACAAUCCUCAAAUUCAAGAACGCAGACGAGCAUCCAAUCUCGCACGUCGUCGAUUUAUUAUCUCGCUGCCUCUGUCAUCUCGUUACUUUUCGUUCUAAAUUCUUUGGUUUCAUUCUUUGACGCAAACGACGCGAGUGACCGAGUCGGCUCAGCCCUCCAAUUGCAAGUGAUGGCAAUCGCCUCGCUCUUCUUGCUCUACGCAAUCACGGGUCUCCUGGUAAACUUCACAAAUUCCACUUUGCCUUGUUCGUUGCUCAGUUUGGUUGGUCUUUUCGCUUUCAUUGAAGAAUUUUUACUGUUUUACCUUCGAAAAAAAGACACUAGUGGGAUUGAAAAUCGGUACUUUGAUAUGUUGCUUGUGCCAAUUGCGGUUUGUAUAUUCUCCACAAUGCUUGAAUUCAACAACCCAAAAUCGAAUUACCCCAAAUUGGCUCGUGGGGUUGGGUUACUUCUGCAAGGAACUUGGUUUUUGCAAAUGGGUAUUUCUUUGUACACCAAUUUGAUAGCUCACGGGUGUUCUUUGCACGAAAAGAGCAGAGGGAAUUACACAGUGAGGUGUAAGGGGCACCCUGAAUAUCACAGGGCUAGAGCCAUUGUCACACUUCAGUUCAAUUGCCACCUUGCUCUUCUAGUGGUUUUGGUUGUGGGAGUGUACUCAAUUAUUGGUAAGAAAACUGGAGGCAGGGGUGAUGUUUCAAGCUAUAAGCCGCUUGGCGCCGAAACGCAUCAAUUUGGUAAUCAGAGCCAGUUUACUUUGGAUUCUGAAGAUGAUGAUGUUGAUGAAGAGAUUAAAGAAGAAAGAAACUUGGCAAUACAGAAGGCCGGUGAAGUCGAAUUGGGGAUGAAUGGUUAUGGUUCUCACAACAAGUGAGGUAUAUUUUACCAAUUUUGAUACUGUGAAUGUAAAACUCCUAUUUUUAUCUCUUUCAGUUUACCACUGGUAUAAAAGUGACCUGGGAUACACUCUUCUUCU